GUCUUCGUGGACUUCUCGUGCUCUUGGCGAUUUCCAGUGGUGGCGGCGAAGAUGGCAGUCUGCCCGAUUGGUGCAAGGACAAGCGAGACGACUGUGUCCGUUACAUUGGGCGUGGUCCCAUGGGCGGUGGCUGCAUACGCCACGAGCAGUACAUGCGCCUCUUCUGUGCCCGGACGUGCAACUUCUGCGACAGACCGGAGGAUGAGCUGCAGGUGUCGCAGGCCUUGAUCGCUGGUGAACUGGUUGGACUCCUGAAAGCACGAGGUGUCCGGAGAUGGACCUUCUUCGAGCUGCCCGUGAUCAACGUUUCGAGCUGCCUUGGCCCCGAGGAGUCGGAGGAGGACACCUGUGCGGCGUCCGCCCCCGAGGCAUCGGUGAGGAGCCACGUCGCCUCGGCACGUUUCUACGACAGCCUCAGCCACGACCUGAACAGCAGCGUUUACCGCUGGCAGCCCAGAAGCUCCAGCUUCGAGCUUCACCAGGCUCUUCCGACGCGGGGCGCCUGGGCUUUGACGUCCUUCUGCCUCUCCGGAGAAGUCUUCCUGGCCGUGGCGAGUUUCUUCGAUGGUGCCAGCCGCAAGUUGAGCAGCCGCCUCUAUCGCUGGGAUGUGGGUCUGGACAUGUUCAUGUGGCAUCAGGCAGGCCUCAAACAACAAAGCUAUGAACCCUGUAAGCCCUACAAGCCCUAG